AUGAGUACCAGUUUGUCUCUUCAUCAAUAUAGACAACAAUCUAUUAUUUCUCGUCGAGAAUUAUGUAAUGAAGAUAAUUCACUAAUAAAUAACAGAUUUUAUUUGAUACAAAUACGUCGUAAUCGAUCUCAAUCUAAAGUUUCAUUUUAUGAUAAUAAUCUCGAAAAUGAAAAUGAAACUAUUACAUCAAAAUGGACAAUUGUUCGACAACGUUUACCAGAUAUUCUUGCACUUAGUACAACAUAUAAACCAACAAGUAUUCGAGCUCAACUCAGUUUACUUAUUACAUUAAUGAAUAGGCAAUCAAAUCAAUUACAUAAAUUAAGUAAUAAUGAUUUUAUUGAUGAUGUAUCGUGUAUUCCAACAACGGUAAUUAUUAAUAUCGGUGGUCGUAAUCGAUUAAUUCAUUUAAAACGUAUUCCACCACAACAAAUGAUACAUGUUGAUGUUGAUAGUCUUUCAUUUUCAAUUCCAACACGACAAUUUAUUAUAGCUAUAAGCCGUGGUAAUGCAUAUCAUGCAGCUUCAAAAUUUUGUCCACCGGCUAUAACUGAUAUGUUAAUUGAUUUAUCGAAAACAAAAGUUGUUGAUGAUGGUAUACAAUAUCAACGAACUUUAUUUAAAAGACGUAUUGGUAAAAUGUUAUUUUUUGCUUUGUUUAUAUUUAUUAUUGGAAUGAUUUUAAUACUUAUUGUUGGUACAUCAAAUGCAUUACUUCAUUUAAAUUCAUUGAAUUAUACAACUCCGACUAUAUCAAUAAGAUCUCUUUCAUCCAAUAUAGAAACAGAUGAACAUUGGAAAUGGAGAUAA